AUGUCCUCCUUGUUCUUGAGGAGCACCAAGAGCCUGGUGAGAGAGCUGGGCAGGAAGGGUGAGCUGGUGCCCGUGGACAGCCUGAACAGCUCCCCGCGCCUGCGUCCCUUCUGCCUGGCACCUGUAGCUUGGGCUUCUCUCUCUGCAGAGGUGAACCACAGUGAGCCUAUCUACACCUGGGAGAAGGUGGCAGGAGGUCUGACAGGGGCUGUGAGCCUGAGCACUGGGCUGCAGGGCCAAGUGACUGGAAACAGCGAAACCACCUGCCUCUCUGUCUUGGCUGUGCGGACACUCUGGGUCGCCCCUUGCACCUGGGAGAUGCUACUUGAGAAAGGGAAACUGAGGUCACCUAGGCCCUCCUUCCUCCAGGAACUGCAGAGCCGGAAGGAGAGGGAGAGCCUAUAUGUGGUGACUGAGGCUGUAGAGACCCUGCAAGAUACUCUACUUCAGAGCCGCGGCCAAAUCCUAGGAGCCGGACAGCUGGCCCUCCUCCAGCUGGGCCACAUUCAGGUCCAGGGACAGGGCCAUAUGGACGUAGAGAAGAUGGUGAGCAUCCCACAGGGCAGUGUACUGGCCUACAGGGUUCUACAGCUGGUAGUCGAGGAAGAUGGCUGGGGUAUAGCCUUCAUCCAGGAAUUAGGAGAGGAGUCUGACUUCCAUGGCUUGCAGGACCAAGCAGAUAGCCAGUUGCAGGACCUGGUCACACUGUCCUCAGAGCUACGGGGCACAUUGCUAGGUGCCCUCCAGGAGCUACUACAAGACCGCCAGGCACUCCAGGAGCUGGAGGACACGCUGGAACAGGCUCUGGACACUGGGUUGCUGGCACAGGUGGAGGGGCCAGGAGGCUUUGUCUUAAGCACCCUUCAAGACUCCACAGGCAAUUUGUCAUGCUCGAGGGGCAGGGCUCUCGUCUACAUUCUCGGAGCCCUAGCAGCUCUAAGUGAACCCCAGCAUUGCCUGUUGGCCCAGUCCAUAAAGAGACAAAUCCUAUCUGAGGAACUGGAACUGGUGGCGAGCAUCUUGGAGCACAACUAUAAUCAGAUGGAGGAAACAACCUAUUCUCUCCCUAUAGAAGUCCUCUGUGCUCUCAAGAGUGAGGAUGUGGCCCUCAUCCUAGGCCUGGUUCAGAGCUGUGGGCUGGAACUGGAUAAGUCCAGCUGCCAGCUCACCUGGGACCCCACAGUGGCGCCUCAGGUCUCUGCACUCUAUGGGUGCCUCACAGGGCUGCAGCUACUGGUUGAUCCAAGCCCUGGGCCUUCCAGGACAGUGCCCAAAGAAGGGGAACACUGA